AAAAUACCAAUUAAAACGAAAGAAGAAAAAAAACAACAACUUCAUUUGUCAUUUAAUCUCGUUUUCCUAUAUAUAAUAUAGUCAGAAAAAAUAGAUCUAGAGCUAAGUCUAUUCUAGAUCUAGUUAUCAUUAUUAUGUUGUGUUUUCUUUGGGAUCUAGCUAGAUCAACAUCUAGAUAGAUCUAUAUGCAUAUUUCUUUGGAAACUGGUUAUCUAGAUAUAAAUUAACUAAGUCGACUAAGACUAGAUUCUAGUAACUAGUUACUAGAUCUAAUCUAGAUUUAAAUUUAUAAUUAAAUAUAUAGAUCUAGAUCUAGGCCAAUAUAUAGGCUACUAUAUAGAAUCUAGAUCUUGCAAAAAGCAAUUUAUCACACACACACACAAUUUAAAGCUUAAUAAGCCUUUUUUUUCGGCCUAGAUAUUUACAUCUAGAUAUAUCUUGUUUAUCGUUUAAUUAAAAAUGAAGAGGGUUUCUGGAGGUGGACGCAAGCAGGAAAGCUUUGUGUGGGAAUAUUUUCGGUACGAUGCCGAUAGCGACAAGAGUGUUUGUUUGUGCAUUGUUUCCAAUGCAAAUAACUCGCAAGUAGAAUGUGGAAAGGCUUUGAAAGGUAAAAAUUCCACAAACCUAAAAACUCAUUUAGAGAGUUUUCAUGUUGAGGCGUACAACAAUGUUAUCGAAAAGGAAAAGACAAAAGUCAAAUUUUCAGCAAUGAACAAUCCCAACCGUGCCAAUUCUGCUAAAUCGGCAGCACCGGCGAAAAUUGAAAGAAAAGCUCCUGAUAUUGAGAUAGAUAAGGCUGUUCGUGAAUCUAAAAAGUUUCCUCUUCAAAGCUGUUGGCCUACUCACUCCAACAUGAUGUCCAAUGAAGGUCAGUUACAGCACUCAACACAGACUUCCAACCUAGGAAUGGCUCAGCCUGUCCAAUGUAAAAUAAACAAACAAAAUGGAAGUGACCAGAAGGUGUCUACUGGACCUGGAUGGGAAAAUAUUUACAGAACUGCACAGAACAUCUGUUUUCCUGAAACAAAAGUUGCGUGUGGAAACAUAGUGGGUGAUUACCUUGAAGACUUAGCUCGUGGCAUUGGUUGUCCAGUAGAAUAUGUUCUGGUUCCGUUACUGCCUUGUAUUGGAGGUCUAUUGGGCACCAAGACAUCCAUACGAGUACACAAAGCCUGGACUGAGCCCCCAGUUGUCUGGAGUAUGGUUGGGGCUGGAGGUGGGACAAGAAGAUCAGCAGUUAUUCGUCAACUUCUUGGUCCCAUCCUCGAGCUUCAAGCACAGAAAGAAACACAAGAACGACAACUUGGAAACCAACAUUCGAAUGAGCGUUGUGAGAAAACAUCCACAGCUUCUGGUGAAAACAGAACUCUUUUUUCGGGGAAGUAAAACCUUUUCUUCUGC